CAUAAAACCACUGCAGAAAAUGCCCUAAACUCUUAUGCUGGGCUCACACUGCCACGAUUUGGGUUCCGGACUGCUCCCGACCGGCCAGACCAGCAAUCGGGAGCCUAGUCUUGCCCAUGCGGCCUGACUAUAGCGUUUUCGGCAUAUUCCCCAGCCCCAUACGACCUGUCUGCCGAGACGGGCCGUCAGAGCCGCACCACUCCGUUGAUGCGGGGCGGUGACGGGCCGACCCAGAAGUCAAGUCGCCCCUGGCGGCCGGUAUACAAAGACUUGACACAAUUAGGCCCCGCCCACCACCGCCGUACCGGACGACACCGCUGACUGAACGUGCGGGACCGGCCGCACGGACUGACUGAGCGUGCGGUCUCGGCCACUCGGGCUGACUUGACCUGCGGCUUGUCGUGCGUGUCUUCCAGGUUCUGGCAGGACAUAAUUAUAUAUGCCUACCUUUUGCAGGAGGCAUAACACACACCUUCGCCACGGCAACAUCACCACGUGACAGGCUUCCUCAACCUCACCUGCAGCAUGGGUGAUAACAUUCCACCAAUGACCAACCUAACCAGACAACAGACCAUUCUACUGGCACUGUGUGGCAUGCAAAUGACUACAAUGGCGGCACUGGCAGUGAACCUCGUUAUGCCACCAAAGAAGCCAAGGAGAAGGAGAAGGGCAUGGAUGUGGCCAUACCUACAGCGGCGGAUGCAGUAUGGGCACUACGACACUCUGAUGGACGAACUCUACAAUGAGAACCCAGAACUGUACCGUAACUUCUUGAGAAUGGACCGGAAGAUGUUCAACAAGAUAGUGGAAUGUGUCACCCCAAGGAUAGAGAAGAAAACAACCAACUUUAGGAAGCCUAUUGACCCUGGCACCCGUGUUGCAAUCACCCUACGAUAUCUGGCCACUGGUGACUCAUACAAGUCCCUGCAGUACUCGUUCCGUGUCGCCAACAACACCAUUUGCAACAUUGUUCCUGACACCUGCCAUGCCAUUGUGGGGGCAUUUGCCGAUGAGUUUUUGCGUGUACCUGACACUGAAGAAGGAUGGAGGGCCGUGGCGAAGGACUUCUCUGACAGGUGGAAUUUCCCCCACGUUAUAGGAGCCAUAGACGGGAAGCACAUACGGAUCACCAACCCAGACCUCGGAGGUUCCCAUUUCUUCAACUACAAAAAGUACUACUCCAUGGUGUUACUUGGGUUAGUGGAUGCCAACUACAGGUUCCUCUAUAUUGAUGUGGGGGCCGUUGGAGCAGAGUCGGAUGGUGGGAUAUGGGCCCGGACACAACUACGCCAAAUGCUGGAGAGGAACCAAGCCAACCUCCCGCCCCCCGAAAUACUCCCCAAUGCACCUGCCACUGCAACACCUGUUGGAUACUUCUUUGUGGCAGAUGAUGCGUUCCCACUGCGGCCAUACAUUAUGAAGCCCUACCCAUGCCGUGGACUGACCAAGAAGGAGAGAGUCUACAACUACAGGCUCACAAGGGCUCGCCGCACAGUUGAGAAUGCCUUUGGGAUAAUGGCCAACCGGUUCCGGGUCCUCCACACAGCAAUAACUCUGCAACCUUCACGUGUCGAGGCUGUGGUGUUGGCAACGUGCACCCUACACAACAUGCUGAGGACCUCGGCCAUAGAAGGGGACGUCGAAGACCCUGAGACCCACGACAUCCAACAGGGGACCUGGCGGAACGACCCACCCUUGGGACAACAACUACAAGGCCUGAUGGGGAACACCGCAACCCGUGCAGCCAAGAAUCAGAGGGCACUUCUGCAGGAGUACUUCAGCUCAUCCCAGGGGGCCGUUCCAUGGCAAGACGACAAGAUAUAGGAUGCUGUCCCUACUCUCCUGUUUCGCCCUCGCUGCAGUGGGACGUGGGCGGUCUAACGCGGGUACCACUUCGUCAGGAGGGGCUCCCGGGGUGGGGUUAGAAGUGCUUGAAGACCCAGCCACAGACACCUCAGUG